AAUGACAUCAUGCUGAUUUCCUGGGAUUACCCUUUUUGAUUUGCAGCAUGGAAGUCCUUGGGAAGCCUCAGAUCAUUGCUCACAUAGAGAAAAGCUUGAAUUACACUGUGUUUGACGUUAAAUGGAUGCCCAGCAGUGCUAAGGUUGUGGUGCUGGGCUCACAUCCCCGCGAUACUGGUGCGUUGCAGGUGUAUGAAAUCUCCAAUGGAGAGCUGAAACUCGUUUUGGAGUCUGAGAAGAGGCACUCUUUCAAAUGUGGCAGUUUUGGAGCGACCAGUUUGCACAAGCGCAGAUUUGCUACUGGAGACUUUGGGGGUCGGCUCAAUAUAUGGGAUUUCAGUCAUAUUGAGGCACCUGUCUAUUCCGUGAAGGCUCACGAGCAGAUAGUAAACUGUCUGGAUGCUGUGGGUGGUCUCGGAAUAGGUGGUGGGGCUCCUGAGAUUGUCACAGGGAGCAGAGACGGAAGUGUAAAAGUGUGGGACCCUCGACAAGCCAAUGACCCAGUGGCCUGCAUGGAGCCAGCUGAGGGAGAGACGAGACGAGACUGUUGGACUGUCGCAUUUGGGAACUCUUACAAUGACACAGAGAGGUGUGUCUGUGCCGGAUAUGAUAAUGGAGACAUCAAGAUGUUUGAUAUGCGGAAGAUGACCUGUAGAUGGGAGACUAAUGUGAAGAACGGAGUUUGCUGUUUAGAGUUUGACAGGAAAGACAUACCAAUGAACAAGCUAGUGGCUACCACUCUGGAGUCAAACAUUAAUGUUUAUGACCUGCGUACCCAGCAUCCCACUAAGGGAUUCACAUCCCUCACUGAAAAGGUACCAAAGGCGUCCACUCUAUGGUGUGCACGUCACCUCCCCCAGAACAGAGACAUCUUCAUCACCAGUGGGGGAUCAGGAUCACUACACCUCUGGAAAUAUUCUUACCCGGACAGUCGUGUGAAGCAGGACGAUAAAGGACGGGAUGUGGGUGUGGUCGGGAAUGUGUCCCUGCUGCAGAACGUGGUCCUCUCUUCACAACCUAUAUCCAGCAUGGACUGGAAUCACGAUAAGGAAGGUCUGCUCGCUUGUUGCUCGUUCGACCAAACUGUUCGAGUGGUUAUUGUGACUAAGCUGAACCUUGUGUAGCUCCAUAGCUUUCAUAUUAUUAUGAGUAAUUUUGUAUAGUAUGGCUCAUUUCACUUAUGUAUUGUAAUCGUCCUUUAUAUGUAGUACAUUGUGUGUAUAGUCGA